AUCUCCCCCGGGUAAGAACGUCCAAAAGCAGAGCCAAACAAGCAGAGAUGAUACUCCGAGGGCAGGUGGAUAUAAAACUACGGAAAUGGGACAUCUACAAUCCGACAUCCAGCCUUUACUAGACGGGGCCUAAACGGACAAAAGAAUACAAGCCCUUUGAGUUCACUACGAUGCCACUUGGCCGUCUCAUCGAUCGAUGUUUGGACCUUUUGCCAGGGAGGGCACAUCAUUAUGAGGAGGAAUGGCGCACUGUCUAUGUGUCCAACCGUUACCCUAGCAACGACCCAGAUGUUGCGAUCAAACAAAAGCGAUAUGCAGAUAACAUGAUAGUAACCUCAAAGUAUACAAUAUGGAACUUCAUCCCCAAGAAUCUGUUUGAGCAGUUCAGAAGGAUAGCAAACUUCUACUUUCUGUGCAUUGGGACAAUUCAGUUGAUAAUUGACAGCCCUGUUAGUCCUAUUACUAGCAUUCUCCCGCUUGUGUUUGUCAUCACUGUCACUGCCAUUAAACAAGGCUAUGAAGACUAUCUUAGACACAAGGUUGAUAAGGAAGUAAACAGCAGGCCAUGUGGAGUUGUGUUUGACGGCAUUGUCAAGGAUAUCCAGUCAAAGGAUAUCAAGGUUGGUGACAUCGUACGAGUCAAGGAUAACGAGGAGUUUCCGUGUGAUCUUGUUGUCUUGGCCUCAGAUGACCCUGAAGGAAAAUGUCACAUCACAACUGCUAACCUGGAUGGUGAAACUAACCUUAAGGUGCGAAGUGCUGUAUCCAGGACUGCUUUUCUUCAUUCACCUGAGAAGCUCAGCUCAUUGCAAGCUACGAUAGAGUGCCAGCACCCACAUGUGGACCUUUAUGGGUAUUCUGGGCGCAUUAUCUUUAAUGCCAAUGGGGAGAAUGAAAUCACGUCUCUUGGUCCACAAAACCUUCUUCUUCGAGGUGCUAGAUUGAAAAAUUCAGACCAUGUGUUUGGUGUUGCUGUUUACACUGGCAAGGAGACAAAGAUGGCUCUAAAUCAAGCAGAGGCCCCGCACAAGUUUUCUACAGUUGAGAAGACUAUGAACACGUUCCUGAUAGUGUUUCUGCUAGUACUGGUACUCCAAGGUGCUAUUUGCACCGGUCUCAAAUACUGGAAGGAGAGUACAGUGCCUGGAAAGGCUCCUUAUGCUAAUGACUCUGGCAUAGCAUCUGUCACGUUUAAAGGAGUCAUAGAAGACUUCCUUGUUUUCUUGAUUCUGUACAACUAUGUCAUACCCAUAUCGCUGUACGUGACAGUCGAGCUGCAGAAGUUCAUUGGUGCUUUGUUCUUUGCUUGGGAUGUAAAAAUGUAUAACCCAGACACAGACGAACCAGCAAUUGCCAACACCUCUGACCUGAAUGAAGAACUGGGGCAGGUGGAGUAUGUGUUUACUGAUAAAACUGGCACCUUGACUGAGAAUGACAUGCAGUUCAAGGAAUGCUCUAUCAAUGGCAAAAAGUACAAGGAAAACGAGAUGGAGCUGUGUGUCGAUGGCCCGGGGCAGCCUGCCAGCAUUCUCAUGCCUAGUGCAUCGCAAGACGUUCUGGAUUUCUACCUGGCCCUAGCUCUUUGUCAUACUGUGCAAGCCUCGAAAUCAUCGGACCAGGAAUCCAUCUAUGAAUUUCACUACCAGGCUUCUUCGCCGGAUGAGAAAGCCCUGGUCGAGGCAGCUGUAAGGUUUGGCAUUGUUUAUCGUGGCAAAGUAGGUGAAGAUAUGGAAGUGCAAAUGCAGGGUACCAGCCAUAGGUACACGUUACUUCAUGUCUUAGAAUUCGACUCGACGCGGAAAAGAAUGAGUGUGAUUGUGAAAACUGCAGAAGGUCAGUACUUAAUGUUGACCAAAGGCGCCGAGACCGCCAUCCUUGACAGACUGGAGUCUGGGCCCAAGGAUGUGACGGCAGACCACGUGGAUGGAUAUGCCGAGCAAGGACUCCGUACACUUGCCGUGGCUCAGCGCGUGUUCACUCCUGAAGAAUAUCGCGAUGUUGACGCCAAGCUCACGAAAGCUGGCCAAGCGAUCAAUGACAGAGAGCAGCAGCUCGCAGAGGUUUUCGAGGAGGUCGAGUGUAAUUUACACUUGCUCGGGGCCACCGCUGUUGAGGACAAGCUACAAGCAGGCGUACCAGAAACCAUAGAAGCCAUGAGGGAAGCUGGGAUUAAGGUCUGGGUUUUAACCGGCGACAAGGAACAGACAGCUGUGAAUAUUAGCCACUCGUGCGGUCACUUUAAGCAUGGAAUGGACCUGAUGUUUGUGACGCGAAGAUCUUCUCCAAGAGAAUGUGAGCAGGAACUCCUCCAGUUUAAACAAAAAGUUCAGAGCCAGCCGGACAAGUUGUUUGGUCUGAUCGUUGAUGGAAUGAGUCUGGUACAUAUUUUCAAUGGACACAAAGAGCUGUUCAUAGAGGUCUGCAAAUUCUGUAUGGCAGUCUUAUGCUGUAGAAUGUCCCCUCUGCAGAAAGCUCAGGUUGUCCAGUUAGUGAAGGUGUCCAAGGAAAAGCCGGUCACCUUGGCCAUCGGCGAUGGUGCUAACGACUGUGGCAUGAUCCAGGAAGCGCAUGUUGGUAUCGGGGUGAUGGGGAAGGAGGGACGCCAAGCAGUCAUGACCAGUGACUAUGCCAUCUCGCGAUUCCGUUUCCUGGCGAGGGUACUACUGGUGCAUGGUCAUUGGUACUAUAUUCGCUCGGCCAUAUUGGUCCAGUAUUUUUUCUACAAGAAUGUGUGUUUUAUCACUCCGCAAUUUAUAUACGCCUUCUUCAAUGCUUUUUCGGGCCAGCCGCUGUACCAUGGUUUUUUAUUGACUUGUUACAACAUCUUCUUCACUUCGCUUCCAAUCCUCAUUUUCGGCAUUUUUGAGCAGCAUAUUGGCGGGGACAUUCUCCAGGGCAGACCUAGUCUUUACCAAGAUGUUGCCAAAAACAGCCGCCUCUCUUGGGUCCAGUUUAUAUGCUGGGUCGCAUCUGGAUAUUGGCAUGCGCUAGUUUUCUUCUUCGGGGGGUAUCUGAUGUUCCAAGGAGAUCUCUUUGGUUCAAUUAACGUCGGUAUAUGGUCUUUUGGGACGUUCGUCUUCGCUGUUUGUGUUAUAGUUAGUAAUCUUAAGCUUGCGUUAGUCACGCAUUACUGGACGUGGCUGACGCAUGUGGUCACGUGGGGCUCCAUCUUGACAUUCUUCCUGUUCGCUAUUGUAUUCAAUUCGUCCAAGUGGGAAAGUUUUCAAACCACUUUCGGCGACCAAGUCUCCAUCGACAUGUACCAAGUAUUUUUCACUUUAUUCAAUGAAGGCGUUGUGUGGCUUGGACUGCUUCUUCUCAUCCUCAUAUCGCUUUUACCGGACGUAUUCGGCAUGAUCAUAGGCCGGCAUCUCUUCCCCACGGAAACUCAAAAAGCGCAGGUAGAGGUGGAGACAACUGAGAUCACUCACCUGUGAUUCGGUAGACAGAUGACGAUGCACUGCCUUAACGCUACGUCUAGACAUAUUCACUUAUUUAGCCUCGUUCCCAGGCAUCUUUUAUGCUGCGCAGCCAACUUUUUUAGUGACGUCACAACGUGAUUUGCCUUCGCGUCCGCCAUCUUGAAUCCGCAGAGCGCUGACAGAGAGUAGCCUGGGGAUGAGGCUAUCCCUUAUUCUACUUUGGAAAAUCUUACCCGGAUAAAACUUCUUGUCUAGACUAGCCUGGAAAAAAAACUAAUCUGGAAAAAACUUGCUAGAAUCAUACUAAUCUCUACUCUCUCUUUUUUGUUUCGAGGAGAAUUUCAAACUUACCGCUCGUGCUACUUAUUUCUCUCUUUUCCUUGAAGAAUAUUUCAAACGACUUGUCUAGAUUAAGUGGGUAACUAUAACUCACUCUACCCUUGCACUCUCGCAUUUUCUUUGGUGAAACCUUCCUAUGGAUAUUACGGAGCAUACUUCUUGUUCAGACUAGGUAGCUAAGUUAUUUCACAUCAGGAAUUAUAUCACUCUCUCGUUCUGUUCAUCGCUAACCGUUGGUUGAUGCACAUUUGCUGUGUGCCAAUGACAAAUAGCAAGAAGGUUAUCUCACUUGCUCCCGCAAUGACUUAAACACCUUACCUAGGGAAAUCACCCCUUUGGCUAACUGGGGAUAAUUCACAACCUGAGCAUAAUUGGUUAGUUGGCCCAAUGCAGUCCUCUUGGGUGAAUUUACAAUGACCUUCGGCUAAUGCACACAGUCAAAAAGGCUUUCGCUCAUUUAAGCAGUCACUCCUUUAUAAGCGGUGUACAUAAGCCGAGAGUUGACUGUAUUGUAUUUGCUUGAGAGUUUAUUUAUCGAUUUCUUACAAAUCUUACAAAAGUUCUUACAAAACAAAUCUUACAAAAGUUCUUACAAAACAUACGAUGUAGAAGUCAGAAGUUAACUGAAAGUUUUAGACUAUAUAGUACCACCUUCAAGGACCAAUACUUUAUUGUAGCUGUUUAAUAAAUUGUCACACAAUUUUGUAGGAUUAGUGUUGAUUGUUUGCAAAGAGGAAAAGAUGUUUUUAAAAACGAGAGAAUUUACUUAUGUCUAUAAUAACUACUCUCUAUAUGUACCUAUUCUGUCGUAACCCGCAACACUUCAUGACUAUCGAAUAAGUGAUCGAAAACAAAUAAAAGAUUUGAAAAACUGUAGCUUUCUUGCUGAUGUGCCAUGAACCAAAUGCGGGUUUCGACACGGUGCUCUGGUCUCUCAUUUUUUCUUGGCUAGUGGUAAUACAGACAGGCCAUCCCAGCUCCUGUAUGUCUAGGAUAAAUAAAUUUUGUACUCUGGC